AUGCGUACCUCUUUCCUUACGAACCUCGCCGUUGCCGGUCUCGCGAUCGCCGCCCCUCUCGGCAAGCGCAACAACGAUGGCAAAUCCACCGACAUUGACCCCGUCAUCCUCAACUGUGAGUUUACAUCCCAGAAUCAAGCAUGAAACGGUGCUUCGAGAAAGACGGUGGCUCAUUGCGAAUAUGCUUCCUAUCACAGAUGCUCUUACUCUGUACGUUCCGAUAGAGCACUGCAGAGGCACGAGCCCAGGAAUGGAACCCGUCCAUGCGGCCUAUUACGUUUUCGAAACAGGAAACUGACCCACGUGGGAAUUUCUUCUCCUCAGCGAGCACCUCGAAGCCGCUUUUUACAAGCAGGGUCUCCAAAAGUACGCGUUCUCUGCCGUCGUUGUCGGCACCAGAAAGCCGCCCCCCCUCCUGUCUCGACAGGCUCCCCUGCGCCUUUGCUGAUCGCGGCUCCUUGCUCACGUCUAUUCGCACAGGUAUUCUGCCGAAGCAUUCCAAUCCGCUGCCUUUCCAGAAUGGGUUCGCUACCGCCUGUCCGAGAUCGCCUCGCACGAGACAACCCACGUCUCGUUCUUGACCGAUGCCCUCAAAGCCGCCGGCGCGCAAGCGACCGCCGCCUGCGAGUACUCGUUCCCGGACAACUCGCCCGAGACCUUCAUCGCUGUAGCGCAGAUCCUCGAAGGGGUCGGAGUCAGUGCCUACAUCGGUGCGGCGAACAAGAUCACCAACCCGGCUUACUUGCAGUACGCGGCUCAAGUACUUGCUGUUGAGGCUCGCCACUCGGCUUGGAUCCGUGGUGCUGCGCAACAGCUCGAUUCGUUCCCCAGUCCGUUUGACUUGGCGCUCGGCUUGAACCAAGUCUAUUCGCUUGCAGCGGGCUUCAUCAAGUCGUGCCCUUCGAGUAACCCGACUCUCCCCGUCAAGGCGUUCCCCGUAUUGACUGCUGGUGCCCUUGAGUCGGGCAACAAGGUCAAGCUCACGUACGCCAACGCCCAAUCCGGCGCUUUCGCCACCUUCAUCACUGCCCUCGGCGCCGAGUCGGUCGCUCUUCCUUCCGAUGGCGUUGUCACCGUCCCUUCGGGCUUGUACGGCCAGAACUACGUCGUCAUCACCAAGACGAACGGCACCGCCACGGACGACAAUACCCUGGCCGGUCCCGCUAUCGUCGAGGUGAGUAUUUCCUCCCUAACCGAGACCCCUUUGAUCGCUCCAGCAUGGCCAUGA